CUACUUAUCGUCGCGGAUCUAGAUUCGCCUCUGUUUCAUUUUUUAUCUCUUUUACUUCCCUCCCUAGAUUCCAAAUCAGGUACAACGACGCUAUUAUUAUAUAAAACAACGCCACACGCAUCGAUCCUUUUCUAAUUCAAUAUGGUCUCCUCUGACCCCGCUGCCAGCAAUGGCAGCAAAGACGAGAAAGAUGUCGGGAGUUAUUCCAGCCCGGUGCUCACGACGGCGGAAGGCGCCCAGCGAUCCGAGAAUUGGGCUACGCGCAAUGGUUUGAACCUCGACUCUUUUAAGAAGCGCGAUUAUGGCGCCGGGAUUGUUGAGCUCGACAGGAGUAUGAGACCGCGACAUUUACACAUGAUUGCUAUCGGUGGCUCCAUUGGUGCUGGUUUCUUCGUCGGUUCUGGUAAAGCUUUGGCUCAAGGUGGACCUGCUGCUCUUCUAAUUGAUUUCGUCAUCAUCGGUGUCAUGAUGUUCAACGUCGUCUAUGCUCUCGGUGAACUCGCUGUUAUGUAUCCUGUGUCUGGUGGUUUCUAUACGUAUGCGACUCGCUUCAUUGAUCCCUCCUGGGGUUUCGCCAUGGGUUGGAAUUACGUCUUACAAUGGGCCGUCGUCGUCCCGCUUGAACUCACUGUGUGCGCCAUCUCGAUCGCUUAUUGGAAUCCGGAUAUAAGUCCCGGCGUUUGGAUUACCGUCUUCUAUGUCUUCAUAAUCUUCGUCAACAUUUUUGGAACUCUUGGUUACGCCGAAGAAGAGUUCUGGGCUUCUCUCUUGAAGCUUAGUGCCACUGUUGUCUUUAUGAUCAUCGCUUUCGUCUGUGUACUAGGAGGUGGUCCCAAAGGUAGUCGCUAUGAUCAGUACUACGGUGCUCGCCUUUGGUACGAGCCUGGUGCAUUCACCAAUGGAUUCCCCGGUGUAUGUUCCGUGUUUGUCACUGCUGCCUUCUCCUUCAGUGGAACCGAAUUGGUUGGUCUUGCUGCUGCCGAGGCCCGCAAUCCUGCCAAGGCUCUUCCCGGCGCCAUCAAGCAAGUUUUCUGGCGUAUUACUCUGUUCUACGUCCUAGGUCUUACCUUUGUUGGCCUUUUGAUUCCCAGUGACGAUACCUAUCUACUAGAAGCGAAGGGAUCGAACGAUGUUUCCGCGUCUCCUUUCGUUUUGGUUGGAAAGUAUGCCAAUCUUAAUGGAUUUGACCACUUCAUGAACUUCAUCAUCUUGGUCUCAGUGGUAUCCAUCGGUGUGUCCGGUGUUUAUGGUGGAAGCCGUACUCUCACCGCGCUUGCCCAGCAAGGCUAUGCUCCUAAGAUCUUCACCUAUGUCGACCGUAGUGGCCGUCCCAGCUUCUCUGUUGGCUUCCUUCUCAUCUGGGGUCUGCUAGCCUACAUCAGCUUGGCUGCUGCUGGUAGCGAGGUCUUCGAUUGGCUACAGGCUGUCUCUGCGCUCGCCGCCCUCUUCACGUGGGGCUCUAUCUGUUUAUCGCAUAUCCGUUUCCGAAAGGCUUGGUUAUACCACGGACAUACUCUCGAUGAGAUUCCAUUCAAGGCUAUUGGUGGUGUCUGGGGUUCAUGGCUUGGUUUGAUCCUUGUCGUACUAGUACUUAUUGCUCAGUUCUACGUCGCAGUUGCUCCUCCCGGAGGUGGGCCUAACGGUAACCUCAACGAUGCUCAAGGUUUCUUCAAGGCGUACCUCGCCCUUCCCAUUGUCAUGGCAUUCUGGAUUGUUGGCUAUGUAUGGAAGCGUACCGGUUGGCUCCGUACUCACCAGAUCGACGUGGACACGGGACGCCGAGAAAUCGAUUGGGACGAAAUUAACGUCUAUCGUGAGCGGGUUGCCUCGCUAUCGGCAUGGCGACGUAUUCUAAACAUCGUAUUCUAGUAUGCAAGUACUACACAUAAUUGCAUUUUAUUUAGUGGUGGUGCCCUCUUUGAGUAAGGGCCUGUAGCCGGCGUAUGUAUAUACCUGAGAAAUGUAAAAAAUGGAAGUUUACAUGAUGAGAAGUCUCUAGUUGGCACCUGAUAUAAUAUAUAAUAUACCACUAUCUCCCGUCAAU